AGUCAGCAUCCUUUUAUAAUUUAUCAAUCUUUCUUUUAUUCCUGCUUGUUUCAAAUGCCUUACUCCUGUCUGAAACCAUUGGUAUCAGGAACGAGCUAGUUAAGCGAAAGUUUCAUUCAUCCUGUUGAAAAACUGUCUGUCAUUUGGCUGACUGUUAGGCGCUACUUUACAAGACUAAUAUAAUCGCCAUGGAUCAGGUUCGCCGAUAAGAUCCGAACAUGUCGGUGUUCAAGCAUAGCCUAAGGGUGCGUACAGUCCCAAGAUCAACUCAUGCGAAAGAAUCUAAAGGAAAGAAAAGCAUGUAAAAGAGUAAUACGUAGACUCAGUAAUGAUAUAGCACGCAUGUUUAUUUAACAAUCAAAGCAAUCAAUAAUAAUUUAAAAUUACAAAGACAUGAAGUUAAGGCGGUUUAUCCACCAAGCUCAGAAGUUAUUGCAGUAGGAUUUCGAAUUCGUUACUUAUAUUCUUAUGACUAGAUACCUAGGUUCCUACCUGGAGGUAUUGGUGAUCCACUGCCACUAGGUACGGAAGCCCGUUAAGCGAAAGGUUCUUUUAUUCUGUCCACAAUCAUUUGAACCAUUUGAAAGUUUCCAAAGAAUGUAGAUUGGAUAUUGGAGGUGCGAAGCGGCUAAUUGUAAACUUGACAGGUUGGCGCGAUGGUUCUGUUGGCUGCCUCUGUGUGUACUCGUGAUGGUAAAGCUCUGGUGUCUCGACAGUUUGUGGAAAUGACAAAGGCAAGAAUUGAAGGAUUAAUAGCGACAUUUCCAAAGCUUCUUGGGACAGGUAAACAACAUACAUUUGUGGAAACAGAAUCUGUGCGGUAUGUUUACCAACCUUUGGAAAAAUUGUAUGUUCUUCUGAUAACUACCAAAGCUAGCAAUAUACUCGAAGAUUUGGAGACAUUACGGCUCUUUGCACGUGUGAUACCGGAGUAUGCUUGUGGUACCGAUGAAAACGAUGUACUGACACAUGCUUUCCAACUUAUUUUCGCAUUUGAUGAAAUCAUAGCUCUAGGCUAUAGAGAAGAUGUCAACUUGUCACAAAUUCGAACAUAUACGGAAAUGGACUCACACGAUGAACGUGUGUUCCGUGCUGUACAGGAGAACAAAGAACGUGAUGCUAAAGAGCAAAUGAAACAGAGAGCACGUGAACUACAACAAGCCCGACUAGAAGCUGGAAAACGCUCAGGUGGUAUGAAUCUUUCAGGAUUCUCUAAUUAUCGUGGUGGGAAAGGAAUGGGUGGUCUGUCAAAUGAUUUAAAUGAACCUCGUGUAAUCGUCAUGAAAGAUCGUUUGGGAGAUGGGAAUACGGAUGUUCAAAGCUUGCCUACUACAAAUCCAGCAACUAUCUUAACAUCAGUGAAACGAAGUGGUAUGCAACUUGGUGGUGGCCAGGGUGGUUUAAAAAGCAUUGAUCAGUUUGUGAAUCGUCUAAAAGCCGAAGGUGAAGUAGUUAAUGAAGAUGUUAUGAAUUUAGUUAGCGGAUCAGGCGGAGCAGAUAACGUAAUGAGUACUAAUUCAACUUCUGCUUCAACUAAAAAGUCUCAUGUUAAAAAAGAAAAUCUGCAUUUACGAAUUGAGGAGAAGUUAAUCGUUCAAGCUGGUCGUGAUGGUGGUUUAGAAAGUAUGGAGUUGCAAGGUACAAUGUUUGCACAAGCUAUCACAAAUGAAGCUUGUGAAGCGAAAAUCCGAGUGGAUACAAGUAUGUGUACAAAUCCGCCCAAUGAACAUCGGCCACCUGUUCAACUUCAAACACAUCCUAAUAUUGAUAAGAAAACUUUCAUGUCCACUGGUUGGAUUCAAAUCAAACCAGGAGGUAAACCAUUUCCAAAUGGUCAAGAAGUUGGUAUAUUAAGAUGGAGAUUUCAAACUUCCGAUGAAGCUGCUCUUCCUAUAACUGUUAAUUGUUGGCCAAAUGAAAUACCCGGUGGCUUUGAAGUAAAUGUUGAAUAUGAACUGCAAGAUUCUGUAUUAGAACUGGAGAAUUUAGUUAUGUCAAUCCCAUUGCCUCCUUCAGCUAAACCUCCGUUAAUUGGUAAUUGUGAUGGCGAAUAUGAAUUGAGUCCACGUAAAACUCAGUUAGACUGGCGUAUACCCAUAGUUAACAGUGAUAAUUCAUCUGGUUCCCUCGAGUUCACAUUAAAAACAGAACGUGGUGCACAAGCAGAACAAUUUUUCCCGUUGAAAUUAAACUUUGGAUCAAAUAAAUCAUACUGUGGAAUUCAGAUAAUUGAAGCUACUGUAAGCAAUCAGGACACCCCGAUCAACUUUUCAUAUGAAUCCAAUUUUCAUACGGAAAAAUACGAAAUUAGUUAAAUUGAUAAUUUCAUCAUCAUCAUCAUCUUCUUCUUCUUCUUCUUCAGUCUAUUCGAUGUUAUGUGUGUGUGUAUCGAUUGACUUUGUUAUUCAAUUUGCCUGAUCAUCUGUGAUUUGGAUUAUUGUAAUGGGGUUUUCAUUUUCUUUGUUUUCCUUUUAUAUAUGGUUUUGACCAAAUAAUAAAUAAUAUUAUCCCUUC